AUGCCGCUUAACGACGGCAAUGUCAUGGUAGCAUCCGGAGGCCUAUUUGCACCCACAAUCCGUUAUCACAACGGCACCUUCUACAUCGUCUGCACCAACUGCUAUCCCGAAAGCAACAACUGGCGAACAGACAAUUUCCUAAUUCACACAAGAGACAUCUGGUCGGAUGUCUGGAGCGAUGCGAUACCCUUUGAGUUCUACGGCAUUUACCCUUCUCUCUAUUUCGAUGACGAUAAUCGCGCCUACAUUCAGGGCUCAUGGAUGAUGAACCGCAUAAGGGAGCCUACUUGCACGAUCAAGCAAUUUGAGAUCGAUGUGAAUACCGGACAAGCCUUAUCUGAGACCCGAGAAAUCUUGGGUGCCUUUCCAGAUGGCGAUGCCGAAGGCCCCCAUAUCUACAAGAAAGAUGGCUGCACAGGGCAGAACGUUCGCACACCACAUGCUAUCAAUGGCACGCUCGAGAGAUAUAUGGGGCCCAAUAUCGGCCACGGUGAGAUCUUCCAAGACGUGAAUGGGGAAUGGUGGGCGGCAGUUUUAGGUGUACGAGGAGACCAGGAGUCAGCACCGAUGGGACGCGAGACCUUUCUCACAACAGUCGAGUGGCCGCAGGAUGAAUGGCCCACGAUAGAGCAGCCACAGAUGUCGUUCAGCACACCGCGCACAGUGCAGAUGGGUUUCGCCGCUGCACAGUUGCUCAAGAAUGUCCGGCAACUCAAGCCUCACAUCGACGACGUAUACCUGCACAAGCCCCUACGACGACCCUACAAGAAGGCUUCCUCAAUAACCCUCACACCCACCACUUCGAGCCUCUCCGCCGCAUCAGCACCCCUAGCCCUACUCGCCCGCCGCCAACGAAGCAUAACAACCAUCGCAACAGCCACCGUCCUCCUCGACAACGAAGCCACCCACUCCAACGCCAUCGGCGGCCUAACCAUCUACAAAGACCCCCUCCGCCACGCCAGCAUCUCCGUCUGCCUCUCCACCCGCCUCAUCCACGUCCACUUCGUCGACGCAUCCAAAGACUACGAAUACACUGCCUCCUACCCCGAACCCGUUUCCCGCUCUUCCACCGCCGUCGACCUCCGCAUCAUAGCCGCAGAAGAGCGGUAUGCGCUCGAGUUCCGCGAUCCAGAAAGAGAUAGGCGGUGGAACCAGGUCGAUGUGGUAGAUACGAGGAUGUUGAGUGCGAGGGAUUUUACGGGCACGGUUAUUGGUAUCUUUGCGCUGACGGAUGGGAAUGCGACGCCGAGUGUUAGUCCGAGGGAUGGAUGUGAUAGUGGGAGCGAUGUUACGGAUCAGAAGGUUACGUUUCGGGAUUUUGAGGUCAGGCGGUAG